AUCGUUUUUUAGCAGUUGUCUCAUUCCAAAAAAGUUUGUCUGUCAUGGGUUGUCGAGUUCCACUCUAAAGGCCCCCUUUUUGUUGUUCUAUAUAGUUUUAGUUGCGGCGUCGAGUAUAUGUCAAAACUGGAUGUUAAAAUUUGAGCGUAAUCGUACUAAAAUGCCCGGGAGGAGCUCGAAAAAAGUCUCCUCCAUACUCACAAGGGGCCGGAAAAACUUUUUCAAGGACGGCCUCAUCACUGGGUCUGGCAUUGGGGAACCCAGUCUUUAUCAUGCGCUGGUGGUCAUCUUCCUGGAGUUUUUCGCAUGGGGUCUCCUUACUACUCCAAUGAUCACAGUUUUAAAUGAAACUUUCCCUGAUCACACUUUUCUCAUGAAUGGACUAAUUGUAGGAAUCAAGGGAUUGUUAUCCUUUCUGAGUGCGCCACUCGUCGGUGCCCUGUCAGAUGUAUGGGGCCGAAAAUUCUUCCUUGUGGUGACAGUGUUUUUCACCUGCGCCCCAAUUCCUUUAAUUCACAUCAACACAUGGUGGUAUUUUGCCAUGAUUUCCAUUAGCGGCGUUUUCGCCGUGACAUUUUCCGUCGUGUUUGCAUACGUGGCUGACGUCACUGAUGAGAGCGAACGCAGCGCUGCAUACGGAUUGGUGUCUGCAACAUUUGCUGCCUCGUUGGUAACAUCGCCAGCCCUGGGAGCUUAUCUUGGCCGUGCCUACAGCGAAACUUUAGUAGUAGCCAUUGCAACAGCAGUCGCCAUCCUCGACGUUUUUUUCAUUUUAGUUGCUGUUCCCGAGUCAUUGCCUGAGAAAGUUCGGCCCUCCUCAUGGGGAGCACCAAUAUCAUGGGAACAGGCUGAUCCAUUUGCUGCGUUGAAAAAAGUCGGCAAAGAUAACACGAUUUUGAUGCUAUGCGUCACUGUCUUUCUUUCUUAUUUACCUGAAGCUGGCCAGUACUCCUGUUUCUUCGUCUAUCUGAAACUAGUCAUGGGAUUCUCGGCUGAAGCUGUUGCGACCUUCAUCGCCGUAGUAGGAGUCCUUUCCGUUUUCGCUCAGACGGCAGUUCUUGGUUUGCUUAUGAGAACUGUUGGAGCCAAAGCUACCAUUUUGAUUGGAUUGGUUUUUGAGAUGCUACAACUGGCCUGGUACGGCUUCGGAUCACAAAUGUGGAUGAUGUGGUCGGCUGGUGUUCUAGCUGCCAUUUCAAGUAUUUCCUAUCCGGCUAUUUCUGCUUUUGUGUCCAUGCAUGCGGAUGCUGACAAACAAGGCCUAGUACAAGGGAUGAUCACAGGAGUGCGUGGUCUUUGCAAUGGAUUAGGUCCAGCCCUCUACGGACUGAUUUUCUACCUCUUCCAUGUCGAUCUGAACGAUAAGGGCGACAAACUUUCACAUCAAAGUUCGCACAGCAAUGAAACGACACACAUAGAAGAUAUUUCAUUGAUUCGGGCUCUUCCGGGUCCUCCCUUCGUUUUUGGGUCGUUCUUAGUAGUCUGCGCUCUGUUAGUCGCCUUCUUCAUUCCGGAAGGCCCAUUGGGAUCAACGUUAAAGUCUAACGCUCGGAGAUCAUCAGGGCCAACUGAAACACCUGUCGAUGGAAAUAUAGGAGGUCCGACGUCCGUGCCGUUGAUGCAUCCACUAUCGAUGGAGGAGGAUAUUGCGGCCUUGUAAAUAGCACACAUAACGACGAGAUG